AUGCGGGCAGGCCGACUUCGUGGUCACCCCUCUGAGUUGCUCUCCCGCCUGGAACGUGGAGAAGAAGCCUGGGUCCCAGAACUCCAGAGCUCUGAUGAAAGUGCAGAUGAAGGCCCCAUUAAGCCGACACUGAAGCAGUUACCAGCAGGAGGGACCUGGUGGGAUCGUUACCGGAGUCCUGCGACAUACCCCAGUUCAGAUUCUGCAAACUCAGAUGAUGAGCAAGAAAGUGAAGAAGAGAAGCCUCAUCGUGGAGGUUAUCAACCAACGAUCCUUCGCCGGAACUUGUUCAACAGUUCUAAGGGGAGUGGAUCACAGAGUCUGAAGCCCAAAGAGGCCUAUAAGAAUGGGUCCCAGUUGAAGAAGCCUUCACGAAGCCAGUUAGGAAAGACAAAGGCAGAAAUAGGCAAUGCCAACGAAAGCACAGCCAGAGAAAGAGCUGGAGGAAGGGAAUAUCAAGUCUCGUGCCCUGAUUGUGGACAGAUCUUCAAGUCUAAAUUAUCCCUCGCCAAUCAUCGAAGGAUACAUUCCAAAAUGAAGGCCUAUAAAUGCCCUUACUGCAGAGAAAGGUUUACAUCCAAAAAACUCCUUGAUUGUCACCAGAGGGGUCACACAGCAGAAGCUGGCAACAAAUCUUCCUACAGCAUUGUGAAGCAACAAAACAUGAAGCUCUUUGAAUGUUUGGCCUGCAAGAAGAGUUUUAAGUUCAAGGAAGAUCUCUUCCUCCAUCAAAAGAGCCACACCACCCAGCAGCCCCAUAAGCGUCCUGAAUGUGGGAAAACCUUUGUUCGAAAGGAACUUCUUGUCAAACAUCAGAAUUGCCACACAACACCCAAAAACAACCAUCUGAAGGAUAAGAAAGAAGAAAAGAUAGAAAGUGUGCCUCAAACUGUGAAAAAGAAAGACAGUACAGCCCCUGUCCCUGAGAGGACUAGAUUGUUAGACAUUGGCCUCACGAGACAACAACAAGACCAAGUAAAUCUCCAUAAAUGCCAGUUUUGUGGGAAAUGUCUAAGAUUCAAAAGUUUGCUUGUGGACCAUGAGAGAAUGCACAGGGAAGCGAGGCCAUAUAAAUGUUCCCAGUGUAGUAAAAGCUUCCUUCGUAAGCCUGUUUUGAUGUCACACAUGAUGACCCAUGUGAGGAAAGCAGCCAUCAAACAUCCAAAGAAAGUUAAAAGCUUGGCUGUAGACGGUGCCUUGGUUGAUUCAGGCAUCUUUCAUACGAGAGGAGAUUCCUCUGAAUGCCCAGCUUCCAGGAAAAUCGUCACUCGCAGCUUCCACCGCACUCAGUGUCCAAGAAACCAGACACGGAGAACACCCUACCAAUGCCAGUAUUGCGGGAAAUCAUUAAGUACAAGUAUCAUACUUGCUGAUCAUGAGAAACUCCAUACAGGUGAGAGACCCUAUAAAUGUCACAAGUGCACAGAAAGUUUCAUUCGAAAGCACCACCUUAUUCGACACCAGGAGAAUCACCGAAGCGGAAAACUCUCUAAUCAUCUUGAGCACACCAAGAGUUUGAGGAUCAAAAGUCACCACACUUUACCAGAAAGAAUCCACCAUGGACAGAAGGCUUGUGAAGGUCUUCUCCAUGAAAGUGCUGUCACUCACAACUCAUGCCUUGCCAAGCACCCCAAAAUCCCCGCCCAGGAGAAUUAUGUAUGUCAGUAUUGUGGAAAAUGCAUGAGAACAAAAAGCUCAUUUGUUAAUCAUGGGAAAAUCCAUAGGAGAAAGCAACAGCCAUAUCACCACUUGGAAUAUAGGGAAAACAUCUCUGAAGGAAAACAUCUGGCUUCUCACCAAGAAACCCAUGUGGGAGAAAAACACUCUCUGUGCUCAGACUCUGAGUACAAAAUGAUCACAAAAGAUCCCCUCUUCUCCCUCAAGCCCAAGGUUCCCCACAAAAGAAAACAGCCCUACCUCUGCCAAAAAUGUGGGAAAUUCUUUGAUGAUAACUACUCCUUCACGAGGCAUCAAAGGAUCCACUCGGGGCAAAAGCCUUUCAAAUGUGCUGCAUGUGGAAAAGGCUUCAUUCAGAUGUGGCAUUUGAAGAGACAUGAGAGAAUCCACCUGAAAGAAAAAUUCCCCAGACAGCCCACUGUAAUGGAGGUAAACCACAUGGACCAAAGGCUCUUCAAAUGUGCUGUAUGUGGAAAAGGCUUCUUUCAGCCAUGGCACCUGAAAAGACACAAGAGUAUUCAUCUGAAUGAAGAAUGCCAUAAACAGUCCAUGGUCAUGGAGGUAGACCAUGCAUUUUCUAAUUCCACAAGUGGCAGAGUUUCUGAGAAGAAGGGUCAGGGGAAUCCUCUUGGAAAAGCUUUGCUGCAGACCCCACCUCAUACAGCUGAAGUUAUCAGUUUGCAACAUACCCAGGAAGAAAAAAGAAAUCCACUGGUGGUUUUAGAAGAAAGAUCAGACACAGGAGCUCCAGAGGGUUCCGAGCAGAAAGAAAAGCGUAUUACAAUGCAAGUACAAUUAUCCAGAAAAUUCAAAGAAAAUAUUUUGCUGGACUAUGGGGAAGUCAGUCAAGCAGUAAAAUCAGAGGGGAAACCAAGAAGAAAGGACAUAUUCUCUAUCCAUCAGCCAAGGAACUGUGGCAAAAAUGUCAAUUCCCAGAGUCGUAAGAAGGAGAAAAACCAAGCUGGCUGGCAAUUGAGAUCACGGGCUCCCUCCAGAAGAACAUCUAAGAGGGAAAUGCAGCUUGUUGGAAAAAGGGCCAAACGUUGCUUUUGUCAACAGGAAGAACAAGAAAUGGUCCCCAAAAAGAAAUCCAAACCCUCCAGGAAAGUAAAAUAUUGUGCUGGUCCACAUAGCAACCCCUGUGUGAAUGUUUCCUCCAGUUUGUUUCAAGGUGCCUCAAAGAACCACAAGUCAAAGUAUCCUUGUCUUGAACUGCCCUGCCAGAAAACAUUUUCCAGAGAAGCCCAAACGAAAGUUAACAAAAGUGUUGUGCAAGGAAACACAGCCUAUCAGGCUCAGGAAAGGGAAUCAGCUGGAGCCAAUUCUAGCUCUCGGAGUUGUGAGAAAGAAAAACGCAAGCCGUCUGACGUGAGGGAUCCAGCAGAGGCCUGGUUUAGGCCACGGGUGUCGGAAAGCAAGAGCCAGCAGCACCAUGACCGAUUCUGUGCUCUAAAUGAGUGCCCAAAUGCCACUGCCCAAAAUUUGGGGACAGCAUCCCUGUCUCAGCAGCUGGAAGAGAUGUUAAAGCCACUAGGGAUACACAGUAGCGUAAAGGGCAGAAGCUGUGUGGAACUACAAACAGCCGUAUCGAAGGAGCUCCAAAGAACACCUUCUCGGGGAAGAGCUGUCACUGAUCAGCAGCAGUUGGAAACGCCACAGACUAAACAUGUGUGCGCUCGGUGCAAGAAAUCCUUCCGGAGUCGGGCCAAUCUUUUGAUUCAUGAGAAGAACCACACUGGGAACAGACCUUUCCCGUGUACCCAGUGUGAGAAAAGUUUCUUUAGUUUGCCAGCCCUUAACGUCCACACGCGAAUCCACACCGGGGAGAAGCCAUUCAAAUGCCCUGAAUGUGACUUUCGCUGCAAUGUGCUGGGUAACCUGAACAGGCAUAAGACAAUCCACAGCCGACAAAGACUGCACCCUUGCGUGCACUGUGGGAAAAGCUUCUGGUUGAAUCCUAAGCUUGCGACCCAUUUAAAAUUCAGUGGCAAGAAGAAGGCUUAUGUCUGCCCUAGUUGUGAGCAAGCCUCUGUGCACACGAACCUUCUCAAGCCAAAUAGGAAGUUCUGA